AUGGAACCGGCCGCGGUGGGGCCCGGCCCUUUGUGGCCGCGCAUGCUGAUCGUUUCGCCGAAGCGGCCACAAUUAUGGGGCCUUCUCGCUAACAGUUGUCGCGGGGCCCCGGCGGCUCGCCGACCGGCAUUACUCGAUAAUCGCGCGUCCGUCCGUCACGCACCGGUGACAAUGAUAAUGACGCGUGCGUUUGUGGGAAUCGGACGAGAUCGGCGCGAUAGGCCCAGGGUUGGCAACUCGAUCGGCUGCCCUGAAGCAUGGGCCUAUCGCGGCGGAGGCGUCCGACCGGACAUUCGU